UAGUUGAAAACCUUUGAUGGAGCGUGCAGGUGCACAUCCAUCAGCAGGUGCGCUCCUGUCGACACUCCUUAGUUACCUCUGCAGGAAGGAAAAGAUUUCUCCAACUCAGUCACCGCGCGCUCGGACAAGAAGCCCAGCUUUAACAGGAUUUUAAUUGUUUCUAGAUCAUUUCGAGCAAAAGAAGUUACAUUUUGUAAUCUGAAGAAGAGGGAAUAGGUGACGGUUGAGGUGAGAAAUGGGGAAGAAAAAGGACUCAGAGCCGGACUCCGAGUAUGGAGAACCCGUAGAGUUUGACCCAAGCUUCAACGGACCCAUAAGGAAAAGAGGGUGCACUGAUAUAAUCUGCUGUAUCCUCUUCAUGGCUGUCCUUCUCGGCUACAUGGGAGUCGGAGCUUUAGCCUGGCUCUAUGGAGAUCCCAGACAUGUUCUGUAUCCCAAAAACUCCACUGGAUGGUUCUGUGGCAUCAAAGGAAACAAAGAUCGACCAAACUUGUUCUACUUGAACAUUCUCAAAUGUGCCACAUCUGUUAAUGUCAUGGCAACCGCUCUCAAUGGUUUCCAGUGUCCGACAACACAGGUUUGUGUGGAGAAAUGUCCCAGUACGUUUGGGGCUGUGGGAUUAUUGGAUUAUGCAAAGAAACCAGUGGAGGUUUUUAAUGAAAGCCUCUGCGUGCCCUCUUUAGACCUGGCUAACACUAAGCUGACUGUUCAAGAAAUUGUGGAAAAGGAGCUGUGUCCUUAUUUCUUCAUGCCCAUGACCUCUGUGCUUGGAAGAUGUCUGCCUGAUUUCAACAGACUGGGGGAGAUUCCUGCUGCGUUUUCAAACGUUCCAGGCUUACCCCCUUCAAUAAACGAAACAAUCAACAUCAUCGGCAAUGGCACCGGGGAGAUUGUAAAUGGAUUCAAUGCCAGAGAGAUCGGCCUCAGAAUCUUCGAGGACUUUGCGUUGUCAUGGCCUUGGAUCCUCCUUGGUCUGGUUAUAGCCAUGGCAGUCAGUAUGCUGUUCCUGUUGCUGCUGAGAUUCACUGCUCCAGUCAUGGUGUGGGUGCUCAUCAUAGGACUCCUGGGUGCAGGAGCAUACGGGAUUUGGCACUGCUACUGGGAGUAUGACAACUACAAGCAAGCCUCUGCUACUAUCAGUGAUGUCGGUUUUACAACAAACUUCAACGUUUACCUGCAAGUCCAAGAAACCUGGCUGGCCUUCUUGAUCAUCUUAUCUGUGGCUGAGGCAAUCCUCAUCCUGACCCUCAUCUUCCUGCGGACCAGAAUCCUUAUCGCCAUCGCCCUCAUCCAGGAGUCCAGCAAGGCAGUCGGUCACAUGAUGUCCUCUCUGCUCUACCCUCUUGUCACCUUCGUUCUCCUGCUGGUGUGUGUUGCUUACUGGGGUGCCACUGCUUUAUAUUUGGCCACUUCAGGAGACCCCAUCUACAGAGUGGUGUCACUCAAUGCCACCACGAGUGACUGUAUGAGCCUCAAUGGUACAGAGAACUGUGACCCUCAGAACUUCACCUCGUCCUCGUACCCACUCUGCCCCUCAGCCAGCUGCAUCUUCAUCAAAUACAACAAUGAGGGUCUCUUCCAGAGGAACCUCUUCAACCUGCAGAUCUUCAACGCCAUUGCUUUCCUGUGGUGUGUUAAUUUUGUCAUCGCCUUGGGACAGUGCACACUAGCAGGGGCCUUUGCCUCCUAUUACUGGGCCUUCAACAAACCAGGAGACAUCCCCAUGUGCCCCCUGUCUGCCAGCUUUCUACGUGCUCUCAGGUUCCAUGUGGGCUCUUUGGCAUUUGGUGCUCUAAUCCUGACCCUGGUGCAGAUUGUGAGAAUCAUUCUGGAGUACAUUGACCACAAAACAAGAUCGUCUCAGAACGCGGUCGCUCGUUUCAUCCUGUGCUGCCUGAAGUGCUGCUUCUGGUGUCUGGAGAAGUUCAUCAAGUUUCUGAACCGGAACGCUUACAUCAUGGUUGCUAUUUAUGGGAAAAACUUCUGCGUCUCAGCCAAAAAUGCAUUCAAGCUGCUCAUGAGGAAUAUAAUAAGGGUGGUGGUGCUGGAUAAAGUGACAGACCUGCUGUUGUUCUUUGGGAAGCUGCUGGUGGUCGGAGGAGUAGGUGUUUUGUCCUUCUUCUUCUUCUCUGGGAGAAUAUUACUGCCAGGCGACACCUUCCGCUCAGAGACCCUAAACUACUACUGGAUGCCGAUCAUUACGGUGGUGUUUGGUAGCUACCUCAUAGCUCACGGAUUCUUCAGUGUGUACAACAUGUGUGUAGAUACGCUCUUCCUCUGUUUCUUGGAGGACUUGGAACGAAAUGAUGGGUCUUUACAAAAGCCUUACUAUAUGUCCAGAAACCUCAUGAAUAUCCUCAGCAAAUCAAACAAAACACCAAAGAAAGGUAAAAAGAAGGAAUGAAGGUCAUCAUGAAACCACACAAACACAGUGUCAUAGAGUUCCAGGGCAUUUUGCAUCUGCGUUGGUUUGUACUUGUUUACUAAAACUGACAGGCUGAUUUUGCACUUUGAAAUUUUUUUUUGUGAAACAUUUUAUAUGCAGAAGUAGUAUUAAUGACCAUUUGCAUGAAAGUACUGAUCAUGUGAAAGCAGGUAAUGUGGAAAUCAAAUGGAAAUGUGAUGGGCAAGGUAUCCCACAGAACAUAUUUCUUCAUUUAGUAAAAAUCACCUUUAACUCUGCUUAAGAUAAUUUAGACUACACACACACCUGCAGAAACAUCCUGCUCUGGACACUUGAAACUAAUAAAUGUGAGGCAAAUCCAUCAUAGAAAGAGGACUCCUGAGAUGUGCUUUUCCUCAGAUGGCGCACAAAAGAUGUUUGAAAUAUACGGUAUAUAUAUAUAUAUAUUUUUACAAACAUUUUAUCACUGAUGUAGCUGAUUUUACUGAAAAUAAUGUAACUGUAAAGAAAAUGUAAAUAUGUUCAUUUGACUGUGUAGCUUGUGUAAAACCCUUGUUGAUAAUAACGAAUCAUUUCUUUGUUUUCGUGGUUUCUUAUAUAACCUUGUUUUCUUCUUUGCACUUUACAUCUGAUGAUCAUGUCUUCCAAUAACAAUGUGACUCUUCAGAAAGAAUAUUUUAACUCUG